AUCUUUGUCGGCAGGUUAGACGCUUUCUUGACGAUCUCAGACGAUUUUUCUCGAAGUUCUCCGCCGCCGGUCGCGCUGUCCCCUUUAAACAGGCGUCUCUCCGCAGUUUUCCACCCUCUUUGUCCGCCUGUCUGCUCAUUCCCCUUUAAGGUGAUGUCGUACCCACUUCUGGCUUAUUAUUCCCUCUUGUUCCUGUUGUAAUGUCGGCGCUCGGACACUCGGACUAACAGCAGCACCGAACCGGGUCCCCCAUCACAUGUCCAAACCCCGGAGCCUUAGCUGAGCUCCGGACUGACAGUCGCCUGCUGUCCGAAUCAAAGGUGGGGAACACCAGAAGCUGCUCUCCUCCUGGAUAGAAAUGUCUGCUCAGAUGUUAGAGAAGCAGGCUGGACCAGCUGAGGAUCGGAGGAUGUGGUGAAAUCCGUCCAAACCCCGCGAUGUUACGGAUGUUUGGAGGAAACAAGGCGCUCAUUUCUGGCUCCAGUUUAACCUUCUUUUAAUCAACGAGCUCUGUGGACCUCCAUCCCCAAACGAUGACAUCCCCCGACUCGCCUCCCCUCAUCUCCCCUUCUCCAUGUCCAGCGCCUCCCCCGUCCCUGCCCUCCUCCCCGCUUCCUACCUCCCCGGCCCCGUCCUCCUCCUCCCUCCCCGCCCCGCCCUCGCUGCCCCCCACAGGUGAGGUGAUGGUGCUGGCUCUGGGCAGGAAGAAGCAGCGCGUGCUGAUUGCUCUCUCCAUCCUACCCAACCUUUUCCUGGCCUUCCUGCUCUCCUCCGACCCCCUCAUCACCCUCUCCCCUCCCCACCACUGCCGCCUGCCCGGCCCGUCGCCUGCGCCGGAGGUCCUGAACGCCUCCCUUCCCUGGGAGAAGGGGGUGAGGCCCGGGGAGACGGGGAGCCCAUCGCAGUGUAAGCAGUACGCGAACAGCAGCCAGUCGGCCGUGGUGGACUGCGAGGGCGGAUGGGACUACAACGUCACAGAGGGGCUGAAGAACAACAUCGUGACGGAGUGGGAUCUGGUGUGCGCCCAGUACUGGCUGGUUCCGGUGGAGGAGGUGUGCUUCAUCCUGGGCGUUCUGAUGGGCUGCCUCGGCCUGGGCUACGCUGCUGACAGGCUGGGUCGCUCCAAAACCCUGCUGAUCUCCCUCACCCUGUCGGUGGUGUUCGGGGUGCUGGUGUGUGUCUCUCCGUACCCCUCCAUCUUCAUCGUCAUGCGGUUCUGCCUGGCUGCCGCCAGUGCAGGCGUCUAUCUAACCCUGUAUAUCACCCGUCUGGAGCUCUGUGAGCCGUCCCUCCGGCUUGUGGCGACCAUGCUGGCCGGACUCAUGACUGUGGCAGGAGAGCUGCUGCUGCUGGCCGUGGCCCUGGGCUGCCAGUCCUGGAGGGGUCUGCUGGGAGCUGGGGCGGCCCCUCUAACACUCUUCCUCAGCUAUGGUAUUCCCGGUGUGUUCCCAGAGUCUCCUCGCUGGCUCCUCCUCACAGAGCGAUCUGCAGACAUGAACGCCUUCAACGAGAGAAGGAACUCCAACCGAGACCUGAGGGAUGACGAGAGCUUCACAGAGCUGGACUCAGAGCCGGUGCCGUCCUCCCGCCCCCACCUGUCCUUCCCUGAGCUUUUCCACAGCAAGAACAUCUGGAAGAACCUGUGCGUCCUCGGCUUCACCUCAUUCAUCUCUCAUGGCAUUAGUCACUGCUACAGCUCUUUCCGUGGUGACGUCAGAGGCACCGCCCCCAGCUUCUACUGGACCUACCUGCUGUCUGUGAGCGCGGGAGGCGGCGCCUGGCUGCUGCUGUGGGCGACGGUGGACAGGUGCGGUCGCCGUGGCAUCCUGCUGCUGUUCAUGACGAUGACGGGCCUGGCCUCUUUGAUCCUCCUGGGACUCAUGGAGUAUCUCAGUGAGACGGCCAUCACCGUUUUCUCAGUGCUGGGGCUUUUCUCCUCCCAAGCCACCGCAUCCCUCUGUGUCUUUUUCACCGCAGAGAUCAUGCCAACCAUCAUCAGGGGCAGUGGCGUGGGCGCCGUGCUCGCCCUGGGCUGCGUGGGCCGCCUCAGCUCCCCCAUCAUGGACCUGAGGAACCACUACGGCUACUUCCUGCAUCACGUCAUCUACUCGUCUCUGGCGCUCCUGGCCGUGCUCUCCAUCCUGCUGCUGCCAGAGAGCAAGAGGAAGCCUCUGCCUCAGACGCUGGGGGACGGGGAGCAGUACAGACGACCCCCGCUGGGCCGCAGGAGGAGGGACAACGUGCCGCUGCUCGCCACCCCCAACCCAGAGACCUAAGAGGAGAGCGGUGCAGCGAACAGAGGGCUGAAUGGAGAGAAAAGGGCUGCGAAAGACUUUAUGCUUUCUUAACAUAUCAUAUCACACUCAUGUCAUUCCGAACGCAGACGGACUGGUUGAUCUGCCACACACCUCUCUGUUUCUCCUAACACCAUCCAGGAAGCUCUCAUCUUCUGCUAAGAGGCUCACCAGCAUCCCGCUACGCCUCCCUCCCUCCCUCCAUCCUCCGUGUGUCUGCUGUAGAGACGGCGUCCUCUGAUCAGGCUGCAGUCCUUUCUAACUGCUCCUGCCGUUUGUCUUAACCUACAUGGAGGAUUUUCUGUCUGUUUUUGCUGAGGGGGAGCACAGGAUAUGU